UAUCCAUUUCCUCAUCUGCCUCCAAAGUCUAAGCACAGAGAAAGAGAGAGCGAGAGAGAUGGUGGCAUGGCGAGCGGAGAGGGAAAGUAGGGAGAGCUAGAGCGGGCAAUGCCGCAUCUUUCCAUGAUAUAUGGGUACCAAUUCCUUCGUCGAUGGCGUACGCCGCUGGUUCCAACGCCGCUCCACAUCCGCAUCCACACCCGCACCUUCAUCCCUGAGCCGCGCAUCUCGUCAAGCAGAGGACGACGAGCAGGACGAUCUACGGAUCAUCGUAGACCCCAAUCUGUGCGGGCUUAAGCCCCUCAAGGUCCCCAAGCGGAUCGCCUUACCCGUCUCCGCUGAUCCUCAUAAGAAGAACAUGUUUGACAAGGAAUUCUUCACGGAAUAUGGUGAAGCAACCCAAUACCAAAUACAGGAGGUGGUUGGGAAGGGGAGCUAUGGCGUGGUCGGGGCGGCCAUUGACACUCACACACGGGAAAAAGUAGCCAUUAAGAAGAUCAAUGAUGUCUUUGAGCAUGUCUCUGAUGCCACACGGAUUUUAAGAGAGAUCAAGCUGCUUAGGCUUCUCCGCCACCCUGAUAUUGUGGAAAUAAAGCAUAUAAUGCUUCCUCCUUCACGGAGAGAAUUUAGGGAUAUAUAUGUUGUGUUUGAACUGAUGGAAUCUGAUCUUCACCAAGUAAUAAAGGCAAAUGAUGAUCUCACCCCUGAGCAUUACCAGUUUUUCUUAUACCAGCUACUUCGAGCUCUCAAAUAUAUUCACACAGCGAAUGUAUUUCACCGGGACUUGAAGCCCAAAAACAUUCUCGCAAAUGCAGACUGCAAGCUGAAAAUUUGUGACUUUGGGCUUGCCCGUGCAUCAUUUAAUGAUGCACCAUCAGCUAUAUUUUGGACUGAUUAUGUGGCAACAAGGUGGUAUCGCGCGCCUGAGUUAUGUGGCUCCUUUUUCUCUAAGUAUACACCUGCAAUUGAUAUCUGGAGCAUUGGAUGCAUUUUUGCUGAAAUGCUAACUGGAAAACCAUUGUUUCCUGGCAAAAAUGUGGUGCAUCAGUUGGAUCUCAUGACUGAUCUUCUUGGCACUCCUUCUGCUGAAUCUUUAGCAAGGAUUCGAAAUGACAAAGCUAGAAGGUAUUUAAGUAACAUGAGGAAGAAGCCCCCAGUUCCUUUCUCACAAAAGUUCCCUAACGUAGAUCCUUUGGCUCUUCGUUUACUUGAACGGCUACUUGCUUUUGAUCCCAAAGAUCGACCUUCUGCUGAAGAGGCACUAGCUGAUCCGUACUUCCGAGGUUUGGCCAAUGUGGAGCGUGAACCAUCCACGCAGCCCAUCUCAAAACUUGAGUUUGAGUUUGAAAGGAGGAAAUUGACAAAAGAUGAUGUCCGGGAAUUAAUCUACAGAGAGAUUCUGGAGUACCAUCCGCAGAUGCUGCAAGAAUAUCUUCGAGGUGCAGAUCAAACUAGCUUCAUGUACCCAAGUGGAGUUGAUCGCUUUAGGAGACAAUUUGCACAUCUUGAAGAGCACUACAGUAAGGGUGAAAGAAGCACUCCAUUACAGCGACAGCAUGCCUCCUUACCCAGGGAGAGACCCAAAGACAAUGAUUUCGAAAAGGAAGCAGCAUCAGCUUUGGUUGCUCGUGUUGCACUUGAGAGCCCACCUGGGUCACAACAAGGUGAGGUGUCAGAAAAUGCGAAGCUAAUAGAGAAUGGCCCAAACAAGCCAAAUUACAGUGCUCGUAGCUUACUUAAGAGCGCUAGCAUCAGUGCCUCGCAGUGUGUGGUCGUUAAACCAAAAAAAGAAUCUGAAGAAACAAUUUCCGAGAACGCAGAUGAAGGUGGCUGAUGCUAUUUUACAAUAUAGGGAGCUCCAUCUUACUACAGAUGCAACCGAUAAAAAACUGAAAUUUUCUCAUCCAGUUUGGGAGCAAGCCACAUUGAAAUUUCAGUGCAAGUGUUUUAGUGAGAAAGCUUCUAAGGGAAUGCAGUAGCCCUCUAAUGGGUUGUUCUUCUGUGUUUGCAUGAAUAGUUAUUUCACUGCAAUCUUUUGCUUAUGAUUUCCUUUUGUUUUUGUCUAGUUUUUGGGAGAAAAAGACUGUUGACAAACAAUAUGGAAUUUUAUCACUCUUACUUAAUAUU